AUGGGGACAAGAAAUCGUCUGUGGUUACUGGCUAGUUUGUGUCAGGUGGUAAUGCUGACCUGUGAACAACACUUGGUCCCUGUUGAGGUUCAAGUUGUUUUUCAGUCCUUCCCCUCAACUCCAGAGCCAGACGCAUACUCAGUCACCUGCAGGACUGCAAGUAACCAUCUUGUGUACGUGGAGCCCGUCAAUCAAUCAGCAUGCUCUCCUGACUGCAAAAUGACACUGCGAUUGAUCGAGGACCAGAGAGGAUACACCAUCACACUGAGAUCCAGCAGAAAUGACACCACUCUUGAGACAAAGAUGUUUCACUUUAUUCCAGUCCCCCUGUCUUCUCUCCAUCUGAACGCCACAACCACGUCCGCUCUCCUGACAUGGAAACUUCAGAAACAACAAAGCCUCUCCACCCUGAGUUUAUACAACGCUCACACACAAACUGUAACACACAUGAACAUCAACUCUUCACGUACAAAAUCUGAGUACACCGUGAGAGGUCUCCGGCCUGGCUCACACUUCAAGGUCAAAGUUGUGGUCGCUACGCAGCUCAAACACCUUUAUUUGUCCUUGAAGCAGAGACUCGGCAUCAGCAUGGAAACAGCUCAGUGCGCCCCUGGCUGGUUGGCCAAUGGGAGAAGCUGCUACAUCGUGAGAAGGACAGGUUUAACCUGGAGGGAAGCCCAGCUCGGCUGCAGACACCUGGCAGCUGGAAGUCACCUGGCUGACCUGAAGACCUCAGAAGAUCAGUUUUUUAUAUUUUCCCACCUGCUGAGCCAAAACAACCUGCUGCUGCUGUGGACUGGCCUCAACGACGAGCAGAUGGAGGGGCGACCUCUGUGGUCUGAUGGCUCAGCCUAUAACCUGACCAAAGCUGUGAUGUCAUCACUGCCAGCCAAUGAGACGGACUGUUUCGCUCUUCAGAUGAAUGCCACAGGACCUGGAUACUUUCUUACUCCAUUUUUCUGUAACAUCCCUUUACCCUUCAUCUGCCAGUUCCAGACCCCUCCAGUCUCUGCCCUUUUCUCCUUCGACCUGGUUCAGGUGACAGAGCAUCAUGUCGAGCUUCGAUGGAGUGACCUCUUAUCCUUAAACUCACAUAAUCUUUCCUCUUUUGGGAUAUUCCUUCAGUAUCAAGAGGAGGCUAUCGAAGAGUUGGGACAAGUGGGGGAAGAUAGAAGCGGGAAGUCAAAAGACAAGAAGGUGACACAGAGCAAGAGUAGUAUUAAAAAGAUUGUCAGGGUCCCAAUUUCCCUCUCUUCCAGAGGGGUGACUGUGGCAGGUUUGUCUCCAGGGAGUGUCUACUCCUUCACUCUUCUAGCCUCUCACCCUGCAGGCCCCACCUGGAGCUUGGCACAAACACAGACUGCCUUUACUAGACCUCUUCCUCCUCAGAAUAUAACCGUUGGCCUCGUUACUGUCAGUCAGAUUAGUUUGCACUGGAUGCAGAAAGACGCACAGUUUAAGGUUGGAUGUACAUUUGUUGUGCGCUACGUGGACUUGACUUCAAAUCUAGAGAGAAUAGUUGGAAUGCGCAACAUCUCCAAGUUACCUGAAGCGGUUGGGUUGCAGUCGUACAACGCUGUGAUUGGAGGUCUUAAGUCCUACAGGAGAUACACGGUCGAAGUGUACACAGUCACCCAGCAUGGGAUAGAGAGCUGUGGACAGACACCUGUGACUGUAUGGACUGAGAUGGACGCCCCUUGUGGUCUUGCCGUGUCAAGCGCGACAGGAACUCUGACAGCGUGUUGGUCCAGCCCGCCUGAUGACCCACCAGACGGUUAUAAUGUCACAUCCCAACCCCUCGUUGACCCCACAUCAACUUCACGGUCUUCUCUGUGGGUAAACCAGUCCAGUACUGCAGCACUCUGGGUUAAUGAGUCUGUGUGUGUUGAUCUGGGCUCAUUUACUCCAGGCCAGACUUAUGAAGUUGGAGUGGUCUCACUGAUUGGAAAGGACAAGAGCAAGAGGACCAGCAUUAAACAUACCACAAAGCCCCUGCCAGUUCAGGUAGUGGUCCCUCUUUCAGUGGGCGCAAACUCCGCACAGUUGUUCAUCCAGCAUCCACAGCUGGGCGUGAUCGAUGGAGUCACAGUGUGUGUGUGUCCAGGAGUGUGUGACACUGCUUGUGAGGGAACAUGUGGGUACACGUGUGACUGGUACUCCCUGCCUGCUGGUGUCCACAUCAUAAGUCUAGGCAGCCUCAGCCCAGGAUCUGAGUACCAGCUGGGGGUGUACAGCACCAGCAGAGAACAGUUGGGAGCACCUUACUACACACAUCCCUUUAAAACAGGUCUGGCUCCUCCUAUCAGAGUGAGGGAGGGUGUGGUCACAGAGUCGUCCAUAGAGCUGGUUUGGGACCCAGCUGAAGGACUGGCUCACAUCUACGAGGUCAUCUGCCUCAACUGUGACCAUUCACACAUGGUGCAGAAAGUGUUCAAUGAGAGUGCAACAUUUUCAAGUCUGACUCCAGGCGGCCUCUACCACUUUUCAAUACGAACAGAGAAGGAGGCCUUCACAGACAGUUCACCCAUCAAUAUCAAUAUCACAGCAGCUCCCGCUUCAGUCGAGGUGUCACUUGUCAAUAAAACCACAUCAUCCCUGUGCGUUUGUUGGAGCACGGUCAGGGGAGUGGUGAGCACACUCAUCCUGUCAUUAAAAAACACAACGUCAAGUCAUGAGCUGAUCGUCUCUGAUCAGGAGCCAAGAUAUUACUGCUUUGAAGGCCUCGCUCCUGGAAGCCUGUACACAGUAGAAGUUAUUAGCACCAGCAGGGAAAGAAGGAGUAAACCUUCUACUUUAACCCUCCAUACAAAGCCUGGAGAGCCACAAGAAGUGAGUCUUUCAGAGCAGGCAGUGACUUUGGUGUUUGUCACCUGGAGCCCACCGCCAGGCCGGGUGGAGGGGUACACGCUCGUUUUUGGCCUGCUUUCUACAGACAGGAAGUUGUGGAUUGAGGUGCUUGUCCGGGGCACAAGUUAUGAGAUUAGAAAACUGAUCCCAGGGUCGGACUACGGUGUGAGUGUUUGGAGUGUGCUGGACUCAGACACCAGUCAGGAGGUGCACAGAGAGUUCAGCACACGACCAGCAGGAAUAUGCACCCUCCAUGUUGGAAACGUCAACACUUCUUCCGUGUCUGUGAGCUGGGAUGGUGCGCUUGGAGGGUUUGACUUCCACAGAGUCACGGUGGCCAACACCUCCGCCGCGAACACGCUCACCGUGCCCAAGGAGGAGCGGGUUGCUGUGGUUACGGGACUGGUGGACGGCUGCAGCUACAACGUGAGCGCCGAGCGAGUGAGGGGAGUGACCGCGGGGAGCGCUGCCUUUCUUACCGUGACCACAGUGCCGGCACGUGUACGAGGACUGCGUGAGAUGAAUGUGUCUGCACGUGAGUUCUCGCUGCGUUGGGAGCAGGCAGAGGGGUGUGUGGAUCAUUAUCAAGUGAGGCUGCUGCCAAACCAAGGAAAAGUCACAGUGCACCCCGCACGUGAGGGAUACAUACAGGCUGAUGUGGUGAGUGUGAGUCCAGGCACACAAUACACUGCAACAGUCACAGUAUCCUCGUCUUCAGUCAUCAGCCCUGGAGUCAGCCGCAUGAUCAAUACCAAUGAGAGCGUCCCUGGUCCACCUUCAAGUCUUGAAGGAGAGGCUGUCGGAUCUAACGGUAUCCUGCUCUCCUGGACGAUGCCAUCUGAUGCGAAAAAUAUUGACGGAUAUGUCAUCCGGUACAAGGAGGUGUGUCCCUAUCCUGAUCCCACCUUCACACAGGUGACCAAGUACCUGGACAUACCAGAGACCCUGCUCACUGACUUCACCUCGGGUUCAACAUACCACAUCGAGGUAGCAGCCAUUUCUCCAGCUGGAAUCGGGGCCUUCAGCAAGUCUUUGUACAUAAAGACAGCUGAGUCCCCUCCUGGUUUGGUGACCAACUUGACAGCAUUCGCUCAAAACCACACCAACGUCAUGGUAACCUGGUUCCUACCACACCGCAUCAACGGCCUUAUCACAAAGUUUGCUGUCAAGGCUAAACACGCCCGUACUGGGCAGACGGUCCGUACACUGGAGGUCAAUGCAGAGGACAUCAUGACCGGAGCACUUCCACACUGCAACGAUGCAGCGGACAUCCUUUCCCGUGCGACUCCCAGUCCCUUUGAGAUAACAGCGUCAUCACCCCCCAUCACCCACUCAGCGGUACCCCCGGCAGCCUCCUGGAGUGUCCCCAUAUCAGUGGGAGUCGAUCAGCUACGACCUUACACUGCGUAUCUCUUCGAGGUGUCUGCCUUCACCUCUGACGGAGAGGGACAGAUAGCCUCCACUAUGGUUCGCAUGCCAGAAUCAGCCCCAGAAGACCCGCCACAAAACUUGAAUAUAUUGACUAUGACAUCCAGAUCAAUCUCUGUGUCCUGGAGCUCUCCCAGCAUCAUUACAGGGAAAUUUAGCUACAUGCUCUACCUAUAUGGACCUACAGGAUAUUUGUAUGAAAACAGCACAGGAGACACGCAGUUUUCUUUUACUGGUUUGACCCCCUACACAAGCUACACGGUGGCUGUCCGAGCAAAAGCUGCUGGAGAAGUGGGUCCAGCAGCUGAGCAGGAUGUAAUUACACCCCCUGAAGCACCAAGUGCAGUGCAGGAGUUGAAGGCGGUGGCUGAGGAUUCAGUUUCUAUCCGUGUGAGUUGGAAAAGCCCUGCCGAGCCCAACGGUCGGAUCACCCAGUACAAAUUGCAGGUGCUGACUGAGGAGGUCCUGCUGCAGGAUAUAACCCUCACCUCAGAAAUGAACGCAACUGGUAUGUAUGAGGAUGAGACCCAACCUCCUGAUGUCCCGAACAAUCCAAGGCGUAAGAGGAACGCCGAGCUCAGUGAGAUGACGCCCGCGCCGACUUUUACAGCAACUCUUUCAGCUCGCAGACUGCCCACCGCCGUUACUGCUUCCGCUUUCACACGUUUCUGGCUAAGAAGCGCCGACCACAUUACUAACACUGAAGCCCAACCAACUGCUGACUCCAUGAUCUCUGAUGAUUCCGGCAUCACUUCAGUCACUUCUUUAGCCGCUAACAGCGAAGAUAUUCAAUCUACCGUAGUGACUGCUGCAUUUUCUUUUACAUCUGUGCCACCUGCUUCACUUCCACCCUGGCUUACAAAGCAAUCAAAUUCUCAGGAUAUGACCUCAGACUCCUCACAAUUGGCUCUGACCCCAGGCCAGCUCCGCAUAUCCACACAUGAUGCAUCCAUAACAGGACACUUUUCAACACGCAUUGCAGCAGCCUCUGGUAGCACAGGCGUGACAGUGAGAGAGGAGGUGAUGGACGUUCUGUCUGAGGAGCUGUCUUACCUGGUGGCAGAUCUGAAUCCCUUCACUGAGUACACAUUCAGGGUCACUGCGUCUACCACGGUGGGAGAAGGUCCUGCGAGGGACAUUAGUGAGAAGACAAGGGAGCAGGUCCCUAGCUCGGUGCUGGAAGUGUCCUAUCAAAACAUCAGCUCCACAUCCAUACUAGUGACCUGGGUGCCACCUCUUAACCCCAAUGGGCUGAUCACACAUUACGCUGUGUAUGGCCUCAACCUGCACAGUAAUCAAGCCCUGCAGUGGGUUUCUGACACCACCAGCAUACUGAUAACAGAUCUGGACAAAUAUACUGGUUAUAAGCUCCGUGUAGCUGCGUCUACAGCUGUCGGAGAGAGCUCUCUGUCCGAGGAAGACGACAUCUUUGUUUACACCUUAGAGGAUGAGCCCGACUCCCCUCCCGUGGACCUCAUGCUGGAUGACACCAGCCCCUCCACCGCUACAUUGACCUGGUCCUCACCUGAGAAAGCCAACGGAGUGAUCCAAUAUUAUGAGGUCAUGUAUGAGAACGAGUCCUACUCCGCGUUGAUGAACACGACCUCUAACAUGGUCACUCUGAUCGACCUGAAGCCGUUCUCAUACUACAACGUAUCCGUGAGGGCGUACACGCGCUACGGGCACGGCAACCAGACAUCAGAAAUGUUAUACCUGCUGUCUGGAGAGGACGUCCCCGGCAGUCCUCCUUUCGGUGUGGCUUACGAGUCGGUCAGUCCCAGCGAGGUGAACAUAACCUGGCAGCCCCCUCUGCUACCUAACGGAGUGAUUACCCACUACAGCCUGGAGCUUUGGAAUUCAAGUCACUACUUGAACUUCACCUCACCAACCAACGGCCUCCACAUCACACACCUGAGGAAGUACGCACACUACCGCGUUGCGGUGCAAACGCACACGCGUGUCGGGCCCGGGAACUACAGCAGCGAGCCGCUCAACAUCACCACACUGGAGGAUGCUCCAGACACGCCACCUCAGUUCCUCCGGGCCACAAAGUUGUCAGACUAUGAGGUGGAGUUGUCAUGGCAACCGCCACCUGAAGCCAAUUCAAAAGUACUCUACUACAUUGUCAGAGUUUGGAAUGAAACAACUGAGCUGUGGCAGAACGUAACUCAGACAUCUGUGGUUAUUAAAGUAGACUCACAGAGCCGCUACAACGCCUCUGUGUCCAGCUGGACCAGGCUAGAACCAUUUGACCCCCCACAGAAUGUGACUUUUGUAAAUGUGACCGCCUCCUCCGUCACCUUGCUGUGGCAUCCUCCCACUGAACCCAAUGGCAUCGUUGUACAUUACACUAUUUUCUACUCUGAUAACAACACUGUGAAUAUGCAGAGAGUUCCUGUUUCCACAUUACCUGCCCCGGCCUCUCCUGGUUCAGCCCUCUCCUACACUAUGACCCGGCUGGUUGGGGGCACAAACUACUCCCUGUGGAUGACCUCCAGCACCGUGCAGGGGGACGGAGGGGUCCGGAGUGAUCCGAUAACCGUCUUCUUACCGGAGGACGUGCCAAGCGACUCGGUCAAAAACCUGUCGGCUCAGAUCUUCAGCUCCACGGCCAUCAUCGUCAGCUGGGACCCUCCCCUUGAGCCCAAUGGACGUCCGUACUACCUGCUCACCUUACAGGAGGCCGGCAUCAUCCUAAACGUAUCCGUCCAAGGGCCGUCCCCAGCUGUCAACAAGACCAUCAAGCAUACCACGACUGACACUGUCUUCCUAUUCACCAGACUCAGGAAGUACUUCCCUUAUGUGUUCACUGUUACCCCUGCAACUGGUGCUGGCCCUGCCUACAACCAUACCAGCACAAUGGACCUGAGAACAGACGAUGAUAUUCCUAGUUCUGCUCCAUUGCUGGUAUCCACCAGGAAUCUGUCAUCCUCCUCUAUCAGAGUGGUCUGGAAGCGCCCUCUGGAGGCCAACGGCGAGAUAACUGAGUAUACCCUCACUCUCAUUGGCCCAGGAGGAUCCAACACAACACAAACCCCCAGCACCAUGUCCAUUCUUACCGACCUACUGCCAUACACCGCUUAUAAUCUCACUAUCACUGCUGCAACUCGCAAAGGCUCGGGGCCUAACCUGCUGCUGCAGCUGCACACUGAUGAAGGAGGCCCCAUGUCCCCUCCUCGUAACCUGACUAUUUACAACCACACUGCCGUCUCUGUGUGGCUGAGCUGGGAGCUGCCCCUGGAGCCCAAUGGAGUGGUGAUACAGUACGGCUUCAGGAUCCGAGACCUCAUCACACACACUGUCACACACAGGAAUUCCUCAGGUCCUUCAACAACAGAGUAUCUAUCAGGCUUCAGGCCUCAUAGCUCCUAUGAGAUCAGUGUUUACAGUUACACCAGAGUGGGCCAUGGGAAUCAGUUCAGCAGCCCGGUGACCUUCAAAACUAAUGAGUCAGUGUCUGACGCUGUGGGUAACCUGUCGUGCUCCGGUGUCAGCUGGGAUUCAGUUCAGCUGUCUUGGGAACCUCCAGCCAAACCUAAUGGGCAGAUUCUUUUUUACGAGAUUCUUCUGGAGGUAGACUCACAGUCCUACACACACCAGGCUCCCAUACCAGAGUACACCGUGAUGGGGCUUUUGCCAGACCAGCAGUAUGCACUCACAGUGACCGCAGUGAACUCUGCCGGACCUGGAGACAGUGUAAACUGUACUGCCGCCACUCUUUCUGAAUCAGCCCCCGCUGCCCCUCGCUUCCUCACCGUCUCUCAGAUCACAACAAACAAUGUGACACUUCGGUGGGCGCCGCCGCUCUCUAUUCCAGGCCUGCUGAAAGAGUACCACAUCAUUGCACAGCUGCUUUCCACUGUUUGUGAACCAAACAUGCUGACUACCGCACAGCCAGACCCAGAGGACGAACUGACCCCAGACUGCGUGGACUCGGAGUCCUCGGCGUCGUCGAAUGCUUCGGAUGGCGCAGAAGAGAACCACAGCGUCACACUUCAAUCGCUGGCUAAAUACAGAUACUACCGCUUUAAAGUCGCAGCUGUGACCAACGCUGGGGUUGGAGAAUAUACUAACUGGAACUAUGCACGCACCCUGGCUGGAAACCCUGAUGCCCCUCCUCGUGACCUGAAAGUGACUCGCACCUCCAACAGCCUUCGCAUUGAGUGGGACACUCCAGCUGUUCUCUCUGGACCGACCUCAUAUCUCGUGCAGGUUGAGGGUUCUGAUUUGAACAUCUCAACGGUUCGAACUCCAGGAGAGUUGAUGACCGUCGUUGUGACUAACUUAACUGCUUUCACUCGUUACUAUGUGACUAUCACUGCCUUCACUGGUCCCCUGGAGCACGCCGCUGGGGACGGGAAGGCCAUCGGACCGAUUGAGUUUCAAACACUGGAGGAAGAACCCAAAGACCCUCCCAAGAAUGUGAUCUUAUCGGUUAUCCCAGAGGAAGUGAACCGUGUGAAGGUGACUUUCGCCCCUCCAGAGGAGCCCAAUGGAAACAUAACGGACUACUUUGUGUAUAUCUAUGAAAAGGGCCGGCUGGUGAAGAACACCAGCCUUAACAUCACCCAGAGAGAUCAAAACAUGCUCACUGGAGUCAUAGAGGGCCUGAAGGGAGGACACAGCUACAGUAUACAGAUUUCAGCAAAGAACGGGGCUGGUAGAAGCCCACCGAGCCCACACGUCCAGAUCACCACAGGGAUCAAAGCACCGGCCAAGCCAACCCAAAGACCCCAGGCAGUGCUGGGCCAUGGAGGGGUUGCUAUGGUAACCCACAGGAGUAUCACCAUCCGCAUGCCUGCCUGUUUCUAUAGUGACGACAAUGGACCAAUCACAAAAAUCCAGGUCAUCGUAGCCGAGUCAGGGGUGAAGGACAUCCUGAACCUGACCAACUGGAAGAAUGCUUUCUUUCUCCAUCCUGCCCCAUACCUGACUGACAAGGGGUUCCCCAACCCGCCGUGUUUUCUGAGGGACGGGGCAUCACACCCGGAUACACACGACAGAGCCGCGUACGUGAUCGGAGGGAACGAUGACUGCUUGAAGGAGAACGACACUGACAAUUUGUGCAAUGGACCUCUGAAGCCAAACACAGUCUAUGUGUUUAAGUUUAGAGGAACAAACAUCAAUGGCCAAUCCACAGAUUCUGAGUACUCGGAGCAUGUCAAAACUGCAGUGGAUGGAUGGCUGACCAGAGAUGAGCAGAUCAUCCUGGGAGUUCUGCUCUCCUUCUUCUUAUCUGUUUUACUCAUCAUGAUCAUCUGUGGCUCAGUCAAGAUCCAUCAGCGCAAGAAAGAGGGCGGUACCUACUCACCCAGAGAGGCUGAGAUCAUAGAGACCAAGUGUAAACUGGAUCAGCUGAUCGCUGUGGCAGAUCUGGAGCUGAAACAAGAAAAACUCAACCGGUAUUCUUCCUUCUUCUUUAGGCGGAAAGAGAUUUAUGUGAUCCAGUUGCUCAGCUACCGGAAAUCAUUGAAGCCUGUGAACAAGAAGUCUUUUCUGCAGCACGUAGAGGAUCUUUGUAACAAUGACAAUUCCAAGUUCCUGGAAGAGUUUGCUGAGCUCCCAAAACUGCUGCAGGACCUGGCAACCACAGACGCUGACCUGCCCUGGAACAAAUCCAAAAACCGCUUCCCCAACAUCAAACCUUACAACAACAACCGAGUGAAACUGCUGUCAGAACCGGGCACUGCAGGCUCUGACUACAUCAAUGCCAGCUUUGUCUCAGGCUACCUUUGUCCCAAUGAGUUCAUCGUCACCCAGGGUCCUCUGCCUGGCACUGUGGCAGAUUUCUGGAGGAUGAUCUGGGAAACGGGAACUCACACCAUCGCCAUGCUCACACAGUGUUACGAGAAAGGCAGAAUUCGGUGUCAUAAGUACUGGCCAGAGGACAAUAAGCCAAUGUCCGUGUUUAGUGACAUUCUCAUCUCCAAAGUGUCAGAGGAAGUCUUUCCUGACUGGACUGUCAGAACCCUCAAAGUAGAAAAGCACGGCCACUACAUUUUGGUGCGUCACUUUAACUACACAUCGUGGCCUGAGCACGGAGUCCCAGAGUCCUGCAGCACCCUCAUCAAGUUUGUCAAAGCUGUUCGAGCCCACCGACACGACAACAGCACCAUAGUGGUCCACUGCAGUGCUGGUGUGGGGAGAACAGGUGUGUUUGUUGCUCUGGACCACCUCAUUCAGCACGUCAGAGAUCACGACUUUGUGGAUAUAUAUGGCCUGGUGGCUGAACUCCGCAGUGAGAGGAUGUGUAUGGUGCAGAAUCUGGCCCAGUACAUCUUCCUGCACCAAAGUACGCUGGAACUUCUGAACAACAAAGGAAACAGCCAAUCCAUCUGGUUUGUCAGCUACUCUGCUCUGGAGAAAAUGGACUCGCUGGACGCCAUGGAAGGUGAUGUUGAACUGGAAUGGGAAGAGACCACUAUGUGAGGGACACUCUGACAGGAAGGAGCGAGACAUUUGUAUGUUUUUUUUUAAGGUCACUUGGAUGUGAUCUGUGCACAGAACACCUCCAUGACUCAACGUUAGAGGGAGCAGGAGGAGAUGAACAGCACAGUCUGAACUCAACAGCUUUCCAGUCAACUAAGACUUCGUUGCUCCACUUCCACCCACUUCUCAGCACGGUCUUACCGUAAAUGAACCUCUUGUCCUCUUGUUUAUCAAAGAAAAAGAGAAAAAACAGAGAGGGAGACAGGGACAAACGUAACCAGGUACGUCGGGGAGAAAACAUUGAAACGUUGAACUGACCGUCAAAGCUCUAUCACAUCUUUAUGCGAACAUGUACUUUGCACAAAUUGAUUCCACUGUUUAUUGUAAUUGCUGUAUAAUGUUGAUAUGUUUUUGUAAGAUAAUUUAUUCAGCCAAACGGUAUUUUAUGUUUCAAUUUCAAGUAUUCCAGCUUGUUUCACAUUUUUGACAACAUUUCUGUUUGGUUUAUCCUUUCUCAAGAGUGAUUUGCUAAAAUAAAAAGCUUGUAUUUAUUUUAUUUUUUUUAGGGAGCCUUUUAUAUUUUUUUUUUUCGCUUUGACACUUGACCAAAACACUUUAGUCUGUUCCUGAAAGACUCUUGACUACAUGCGGCUGAUUUGGCAUUCCAAUAUGAAAUGAACAAUUUGCCGGUUUUAUUGUUUAGAGAGCAGACUCGCCACUUCACACAGAUACACACUCCACAAGUAGAAUGCAGAUUGAAUAUUGCGUGACGUUGACCUCAUUCAUUACUGAAUGAUUUCAGAGCAGGAAACACUGAUUUCCCAUAAGCUUCUUUAUUCCGCCACCUUCCUCUGGCACACCUGGACGUGCUGCAGAUUUAUUCAUUAGAGAGGCAGGGAGUGCUAAAGAUUGCAGAGACUGUGGGAGGAUGCUGUUAUGAUGCCAUUUGACAGACAGACAGACAGACAGACAGACAGACAGACAGAGAGGGGUCAAAGAGUGGUCGAGAGUAAAAACUACUUUAUUUUUUCAUUCUCUUCAAACAGAAAAAUUAGAAAUAUUCCAUUAGUAAACAUGUUGGUCUUUAAGAAAUCUCCUUUUUAGAAAUAUCGUGAGGGUGCAAAGAUUAAUGACAGUGCUCCACGGUGAGGAGGAUGCAGAUUGGUGCGUUUCCAUGACAACCACGGAGAAGUUACAGGAGGAGGGGGGUUCAGACAGAAAGAAGGGAGAAGAUAUUGGUAGAGUUAGAGGUGUGUGUGUGUGUGUGUGGGGUGGGGGUGGGGUGGGGGUG